CACAAAAAAGCAAAAUUCGUUGUCAACUUAGGACAACUUCACAUUGUUUAGGGGAAAAGAUGGGCAGUCUCAAUCCAGAGCUUCUAAGACCGGACCACUGAAAGCGGGUGGGUCCAGAAUGCGCUGGGGAGACCAGCAGGUGUUCAGCUGAGACCGCCAGCUGGAAACAGCAGAUGGGUACUGCAGAGAGGAGGUGGUGGUGCUGGGAUAGCGCACAGCCGAGAACUGGAACAAUUAUUACUGGGAUUAUCUGAGAACGACCCGAGAUAACAGAACAAAAUUAUCAGAACUGGGAAGACUGGCAACGGAACUGCUUAGGAGUCACCCCAACAGCUGGCUGGGAACGACAACAGAGCUGAUCCUUUUUUUCUCAUCUUCCUGUGUCCAACUCAAGAGUCCCACCACCGUCCAGAACCAACUUCUUUUGCCCCUGGAUCUUCUGAUGGGCCCCAGAAGAUGCUUGGAGGAAAAUCACUGAGGUGACAGGACUGGUCACAAUGCUGUCGGGCCAGUGGUGGCCAAGUACUUGGGGGAACCUAGGCCUGGGGCCCAAAAACAUUUCUCAGGGACCCCAGCUCUGUGCCCUAUAUGCCUUCACUUACACUGCGGCAGAUGGCCGGCAGGUAUCUAUGGCUGAAGGGGACAGGUUCCUACUGAUUCGAAAGACCAACUCUGACUGGUGGUUGGCAAGGCGCCUGGGAACACCAUCCACCUCACGACCCAUCUUCGUACCAGCUGCCUACAUGACAGAGGAGUCUAUCUGUUCCCAGAGCCCAACCACCAUUGCCACCAGGCAAUCCCGCUGGACUCAUGCGCCAGAGCUGUUUCCUGGCUCACUGGAGGCGCUGCAUCCACCUCAGGCAACCGCAGGCAGAGCCCAGUCUACUUCGCAGCAGCCUCCUUCUCUUCCCCCCAAAAUCUAUAGAAGUGUCAGUGUUACCAAUCUGAGGCCCACUCUCCUGAAGCCCUCCCAGGAUGGACAAAGCGGAAGAUCUCUCUCCCGGGAGGACUUGCUGACAGAGGCCAAUGCCAAUGUGGCUGGACCCCAGCUCCUCAUGUCAGAGCCCCCUGUGUACUGUAACUUAGUGGACCUUCGCCGCUGUCUCCAGUCCCCACCCCCAAGCCCUGCGUGUGCCCCGCUGCAGAGGCUGGACGCCUGGGAGCAGCACCUGGACCCCAACUCCGGACGCUGCUUCUACAGAAACUCGCUGACUGGCUGCAAGUCCUGGAAGCCUCCACGCCGCACUCGAACCCAAGAGACGAACCCUGGCUCCAUGGAGGGAACACAGACCCUGAAUAGGGACAACGGUGUCCUGCAACCUCAAGCAAAGGGCUCAGACUCGGACACGGGGUCCCCAGAACUGCUCAACCCCCAGGGUUCACCCUGCCUCCCCCGCCGCACCUCCCAGCUCAACCCCCCAGACCAGCCUGCAGCCCGGCAGCCCCUGCGGCCUCUGCCGCAGGUCCUGGACGACCCUCACGAGGUGGAAAAGUCGGGCCAGCUCAACGUGACUAAGAUUGCUCAGGGGGGACGCAAGCUCAGGAAGAACUGGUGUCCGUCGUGGGUGGUGUUAGCGGGGAACAGCCUGAUGUUCUACCGGGAGCCCCCCCGGGCGGCACCCUCCUCUGCAGUCUGGGUGAGUGCGGGAGGGCAGGCCGGUGCCCGCGGGGCGGGGCGGGGAGGAGGAAGGGAAGGCCCAAUUAGGGUCUCCUUGCUUCGAGCUGGGGGUGCAGGUUUCUCUCCUGUCUUCCAAUCUCCUACUCGGCCCACCUCACCCGCCUGGAUCAAGGAUCGGGAGAACCCAGUGGAGCUGCGCCUGUCAGGCUCGGGACCCGCGGAGCUGGGGGAGCUGAGCGCCGGGGAGGACGAAGAAGAGGAUUCGGAGCCGGUGCCCAAGCCACUGCUUCGUUUCGGCGGCCGCCGGAGCUCCAGUCGCUGCCCCGAAGGAACAGAGCAGAACCGCGUGCGAAACAAACUGAAGCGGCUCAUCGCUAAGAGACCGCCCUUGCAAAGCCUGCAGGAGCGGGGUCUGCUCCGAGACCAGGUGUUCGGCUGCCAGUUGGAAUCCCUGUGCCAGCGGGAAGGAGACACUGUGCCCAGCUUUGUGCGGCGCUGCGUUGCUGCUGUAGAUAAGAGAGGUCUAGAUGUGGAUGGGAUUUACCGGGUGAGCGGGAACUUGGCAGUGGUCCAGAAACUUCGCUUCCUGGUGGACAGAGAGCGGGCGGUCACCUCCGAUGGGAGGUACGUGUUCCCAGAGCAACCAGGACAAGAAGGCCAGUUAGAUUUCGACAGUGCUGAGUGGGAUGACAUUCACGUGGUCACUGGAGCCCUGAAGCUUUUUCUCCGGGAGCUACCCCAGCCUCUGGUACCCCCACUGCUGCUGCCCCACUUUCGUGCUGCUCUUGAGCUCUCGGAAUCAGAACAGCGCCUCUCUCAAAUAAGAGAACUAAUAGCCUCAAUGCCGAAGCCCAACCAUGACACUCUGUACCACCUCCUGGAGCAUUUAUGCAGGGUGAUAGCACACUCAGAUAAGAACCGCAUGACCCCCCACAAUCUGGGAAUUGUGUUUGGACCAACCCUGUUUCGGCCGGAGCAGGAGACAUCUGACCCAGCAGCCCAUGCUUUCUACCCUGGGCAGCUAGUCCAGUUGAUGCUCACAGACUUCACCAGCCUCUUCUCCUGACGGGGGCACGGAAGAAGAGAAAAUGUGUUUCCAGUGGUACCCUUUGGUGUUGUGGUGUGUUCUGAGGACAUCCCUUUAAAUCCCGUGUCUCCCAGA